GCCCCCGCCCCGGGGCCACCUGCCCCCGCGGCCCGCGCAGACCUUCUUCGCACCGCGCAGCCGGCGGCGAGCGAGCGGCGGCGAUGAACCCGGUGAAUGCCACUGCUCUCUACGUGUCCGCGAGCCGCCUGGUGCUCAACUACGACCCGGCGGACCCCCAGUCCUUUUCCGAGAUUAACAAGCUCCUGCCCUACUUCAGGCAGUCCCUCUCCUGCUGCGUGUGCGGAAAUUUGCUACAAGACCCUAUCGCUCCUACCAACUCCAAUUGUCAGCAUUAUGUCUGCAAAACAUGUAAAGGCAAAAAGAUGAUGAUGAAGCCCUCGUGUAGCUGGUGCAAGGACUACGAGCAGUUUGAGGAGAACAAGCAGCUGAGCAUCCUGGUGAACUGCUACAAGAAGCUGUGCGAGUACAUCACGCAGACGCCGCUGGCCCGGGACAUCAUCCAGGCCGUGGAUUGCUCUGCAGACCUGCUAGCUCUGCUCAAGGAUGGGGCACCGCUCCACGAGGAGACGGAGAAACCCUCGGAUGCAGCCCUGGCUCUGUGUCUGACGCAUUCCCCAGUCCCUUCCACCUCGGAGCUGGCGACGGACACGCCCGGGGGGUUCACGGCGCUGCCCGAGAGCACCCCCAACCUGGACCUGCGGGGCUCCGUCAUCAACGGGCUGCCCCCCUGCAACGGGCUGUCGGUGGAGAAGCUGGGCGUGAGCAUCCCCUCUCCCGAGCACGCCAGCGCCAUCGAUGUGUGCAGCACCGGGGAUUACAUCAAGACAGAGGACAUCCCCGGCAGCCUGCAGCCCGUGUGCGACACCGUGGCCACCAGCGACCUGUGCCCCACGGGCAUCGACAUCUGCGGCUUCAGCGAGGACAUCAAGCCGGGUGGGUCGCUGCUGCUCAGCGUCGAGGAGGUGCUGCGCAGCCUGGAGACCGUGUCCAGCAGCGAGGUGUGCGACUCCAACCUGCAGCCCGGCUUGGAGGCAAACAUGGCCAACGGCCCCUUCCUGCAGCUCUCCCCCCCUCCCCUCAGCCAUAACAUUUUCAUGUCCACAGAUGCUUCUCCUCACGGGCUCUCCUGCACGGCAGCCACGCCCAAGGUGGCGAAGCUGAACAGGAAGCGCUCUCGCUCCGAAAGCGACAGUGAGAAGGUUCAGCCUCUGCCCAUCUCCAGCAUCAUCUGCGGCCCUACGCUGGGAGCUUCGGCUCCUGUGACAGUCAAACAGGAAAAUAAAAUGUCUUUGCAGCCUAUUGCAACCGUACCUAAUGGAGGAACUACUCCCAAAAUCAGUAAAACUGUGCUCCUAUCUAAUAAAAGCAUGAAAAAGAACUUAGAACAUGCCCCUAAGAAAUCCCACCCGAAAGCCAAACCAGGGGUGCUGAAAACAAAAGACAAGGCAAAGGAGAAAGUUCCCAGCAGUAACGUUAUGCCAGGAAGCCCAACAAAAACUGUGUAUAAAAAGCCACAAGAAAAGAAAGGGUGUAAAUGUGGUCGUGCCACUCAAAAUCCAAGUGUUCUUACAUGCCGUGGCCAACGCUGCCCUUGCUACUCUAACCGCAAAGCCUGCCUUGACUGCAUAUGCCGUGGCUGCCAAAACUCCUACAUGGCUAACGGGGAGAAGAAGCUGGAGGCCUUUGCAGUGCCAGAAAAGGCCUUGGAGCAGACUCGGCUUACUUUGGGCAUUAAUGUGACAAGCAUUGCCGUGCGCAAUGCCAGCACAAGCACCAGUGUAAUCAAUGUGACAGGGUCACCAGUAACGACGUUUUUAGCUGCCAGUACACACGAUGAGAAAAGUUUGGAUGAAGCUAUAGACAUGAGAUAUGACUGUUAAACCUUUCAUUUCCCUGCCAUCCGUAGGGGAACUGCUACAGGUUUAAGGCAGCUAUGGUUCUGUUUAACUUGCUGGAGCUCCUGCGUUUAGAUCACUUGUAUCAAGUGUUUUUCAUUGCUAUGUUCUGUGUAUUAGUGUCUGGGAAAUAGUUGCAGAUAAUGGAGGAGUUACCCUAAAACUGUUUUUAGUUCUUACAGCACCUCAUAGUUUGAGAUCGAUUGCUGAUGUAAAUGAUUUUAUCACAAGAUCUUUUGACAAGGAAUAUAUUGACCUCAUUGUACUUUCUCAUGCUUUGUGCUCAGUCAAAGCUUCAGCUUCAGUGUAGCAUCCAGAUAGUGCAUCUCAACUGUGCUAGAUGAUGGUGUAGAAAAAUAAUUAUUUGAUGGGUUACAGUCACCAUGAGCAGGAAAUUACCUGACAUUCCUGUGGGAAAGGCAACACUGGGGGAUACACUCCAGAAAGGGUAGGUAGUGGUGAUCAUGAGAAUUGGUUGUGCCCUCUACUGAACAGCAUGCAGUUAAAAAAAGAUUAAAAAAUACACUGAGCGAGCUGGCAGGCUAAAAAGCAUCUCAGGCUGCAGGCAAGGUCAGGAGGGUCAGGUGGAUGCAAAAGUUGAGCUCCAGCUUGGAUACCUCGUCCUGGUAAUGACAUAAUCCUUGGGGUUGUCUUCCUGACCCUUCACAGGUCACAUCCGUGCUCAGUUGCCCCUCCAUGCCAGCCCCCUGUGCCUGAGGGGCUGGGCUGGGGGAGAACAUCACUGCUACCCUACAAAGGCUCAAGUUCUGUUCACACCAUCCUCUCCCUUUUCCGAGUUCCUGCUGUUUUACUGCUGUUGUUUCUAGGGAAGAGAAGGGGGUUUGUGGGUUACAGGGAGUCCUUGGCUGAUUUUUCCUCCCUCUGGUGCUGAUCAGUGCCAGGGCUAUGGGGAGAUUCCACAGCACUUAUCACCACUGGGGGGGUUGUUUGAUCAGGUUUGUAACAGAGCCUCCCAGGGAGGGGAGUUCCCCACUGGCAGGCCCCUCCCAGCCAGGGCACAGGAUCGAGGGCUAUCAAAGGUCAAAUUUUUGGGGUGUUUGCUAAGCAGAAUAAGCUAUAUAUAACUCACUCCACCCUGAACCUAUCUCAUUUUUUGCUAAAAUGUUGAAAGCAGCUUUUGAAGGUCAUUGCUUUUCACCCUGGGCCAAAAGGCUCAAAAUUAGAAAAAUAACACAAAGUUGUUGAGCUUAUCUGGAAAAGUGUUACAGUGAAAGAAUUCCUCUUAGGAAUUCAGCUUUGUACAAAAAUGGUUGAUUUCAGCGCAGUCCCUAAAGAAGAGUGCAGGCACAGGCACAAGAUUGAGCUGUGCCUUCAGGGCUUCGCUGGAAGCCUAAGAAGUUGAGAUUGCUUUGUGAAAGCAGAAUCCUCCUCUUGGAAUGAUAGAGCACAACCCGAACAUGGGCUGACUCGAACACAGAUAUUACUGUCUGAUUUUAAAGGCCAUUCCUGUUUCAGCAGCAUGUUAAAUAGUGUGUGGAUUUUUUAAGUUCCUUUCCUGCUUCCAUCUUCCCUUUUCCUCAGGCAGAGCCCCUGCGGUGCUUUCCGGCCCAGCGCUGGGUGUGCUUUGAUUUGGCACAAAGCACGUACAAUGACGGUUCCUCACUGAGAAAUGAGCAAAACCCUUUGGACACAAAUGGCACCUCCUUUUGUUUUGUAGUGUACCAUGGUGUCAUUUUCUGUGAAUGUGGUCAGAGCUUUUUGUUGGUUUUGGUUUGUUUCUCCCCCCGUCUUUUUUGUGGGGUGGGCAGGGUGGGGGGUUAAAGCCAUAGGAAGAAA